CCAGUCCUCCGCCAUAUUGACUGUUGUCUUGACUGGAGGAGAUAGAGAACAUUUUGAGGUCCGACAAGAAACGAAAGUGUGCUCUUAAAAUCAUCGAAACUGGUGCAAACUUGGCCAAAGCGUAUUAUAAACACCGUCGCGAUGGCAAGGAAGAAAAGCAAGCAGCAAGGGGUCGCCCAGAAGGAGCUUGUGCCUGGACAGCAGACCGUACCGAAGAGCCCAGUCUCUCCCGGCGAUGCAGCUGGCGGUGGCGGGGGAGAUGCUGGGUUGGAUAGGCUGGCCACUACCAGGGCGAACCAGCCCAUGCACACCUGCUGCCUCCUGUGCCAUCGUGAAUUCAAGGACUGGGGGGCGAGCUCUGUGAACGGACUCCCCGGCAGCCAUGGGACGAAGCUGGCUGACGCCGUGCCCGCGCUCUCCCAGGCCUUAUUGCGGGAGGCGCCGGGCCGUAAGCUUGCUGACGCCGUCCCCUCGCUGUCUCAGUCCCUGCUGGGAGAGGUGCCGCUGUGGAUCUGUCAGAGCUGCUGCAAGAGUGUGGAAGAGGAGGAGAGGCGGAGCACACAGGACCAGCCAACGACGGGACCAUUGUCACACUCUUCCUCCUGUAAGGCCCAGAGCUGUGGGAACGGUUACCCGGAGCAAAGUACUGUGGACUGGGACCCGAGUUCCUUCCUGUCAGCCCACAAACUGUCAGGUCUCUGGAACUCUGCCCACACCAACGGAGGGGAUCACUGCAACCACAACACGUCUUCACACUCACAACAAGGUGUAAUGGCAGGGUCAGCGUGUCAUGAGAAACGAGGGCUUCAUGAAGCGCCUGGCAAGUCGGCUAAAACGUCGGGGACCAAAGUGUGUCCCUACAGUCACCCGUCAACCCAGAAUUCCAGUGGAUCCUCUGCUGGGAACCCUCUGUCUACCUCAGCAGACCUUUGUAAGACCACUCCCAAGCACUUCAAGACCAUGUGCCGUCGACCCACGCCACCAGGUGAAGCCUUCCAUCCCAGCGACCACCAUCAACACACAGAUUUGUCGGUACCCCCCAACAGUCCCACCGGCCUGUCCUCCCAGCAUUCCUCCCUCCUGCCCCCAAAGCCGAACUCCGGGCAGCACGGCCACGUAACGUCCUCCUCUUCCUGUGGCACCGGCGCAGCAGCUCACGCUCCCUUCUCCCCGCUGGUACCGAACCUCCACUGCCCCACGGCCAAACUCAACUCCCCGAGUCCAGACAGCCCGACGUCCGUUCACAAGCCAAGCCCGUGCAAAAACUCCCACAUUCCCGCCGUGAACACUCAACACAGCAAACUGGGCACGUCCGUCAUGGGCUGCAACCAUUCUUGUAAUGGACAUAAUCCAGGAACAGUGGCCACUUCCAAUGUAGGGCACCUACCAGCUGGGGCCUGCAGGGAUCAAGCAUGUAAGGGGCACAAAGUGACUAAUGGGACAUUAUGCCACCCUUCGUCUGAGCUGGAAGAGGGAGAUGAUGAAGACAGCAGCUCUGAGAGGAGCUCUUGUGCCUCCUCUUCCACAAACCAGAAGGAUGGGAAGUACUGCGAUUGCUGCUACUGCGAGUUCUUUGGACACAAUGCGCCUCCAGCGGCACCGACUAGUCGAAACUACGCCGAGAUCAGAGAGAAGCUUCGCUCGCGCCUGACCCGCCGCAAAGAGGAGCUGCCUCAGCGCCAAGACUCGGAACUGACUGUAGCCGGCGCCAUUGACAACCGGGACGUGGACGAGCUGCUAGACUUCAUAAACAGUUCCGAGCCCAAACCUGUCAACAGUGCCAAGGCUGCCAAGAGGGCUCGACACAAACAGAAGAAGAAGGAAAAAGCUCAGCAGGGCAACAUGGGUGCUGCAGGCAGCGACCCCAACUCCAAUCCAUCCGAGUCCGUCGACGAGCCCCUCCCCGAUGGUUCGGAGGCCAGCCGGCUACUGGACUGGCCUCAGCUGGAACUCGAGCGCGUCAACAGUUUCCUCACAAGUCGGCUAGAAGAGAUUAAGAACACCAUCAAAGACUCGAUCCGGGCCUCGUUUAGCAUGUAUGACCUCAACCUGGACGUCAACGACUUCCCGAAGAAGGCCGCCACGUUGGAGGGAAACCACUUACUGUCCCAUCUCAACGGUUCCUCCGACUUGCAGCAGAUAGACCUCGACCUCUCUCCCCUUUCGCUGGGAACCUUUAAGAGCCACCUGGACCUGGUUAACGGAUGGGAGGACACGACAGUGGCUCCGUCUCCUAAUAACACCACCAACAACAACACCACCACCACCACCACCACCACCGGGUCAGGGCUCUGCGCUGCUUCCAAGGACGUCCAGCGGUUGCACACUACCCCCAGCCUCUCCAAGCUCAUAAGAGUUCGCUCCCCAGAAAGAUGCACUUCUGCCGGAUCGGACAGUUUGCCACAGGUGCCAGCCCAAGCCACGGCUAAAUCGAAAGAGGACGCCCCCGAUCCCAAGAAUGCAACCGUUGGGAACGGUGGUACAAAGUCAAAGAAGAAUAAAAAGCAGCAGCAGCCGCCGAGACAAGAGCAAUCUGUGUCAGAGCAAAGUACCAACAAACCAACCAAAGCUGCCUCUGUGAGUGAAACACAGAAAACCAGUGAGUGUAAAGAAACGGCGUCUAAUGGCUCAAAGUCUGGGAGCAAACAGCCUCAGCACUCUGCAGACAGCCAGAAAAAUGGUCCUAAGAGAGCUGAGGAGGGCAGGUCGUCCAAGCACGCGACGAAUGGAGCUAAUGGCGGCCCCUUGAGUUCGCAGAGGGGGAAAGGCGAAGCGGAGACGCGGGGAGUUCGGUCUGAGCUGGAUUCAGAAAGCAGGAUUCAUCCCACUGUUCAGACAAACGGGCAGCAACAGCAGCAAUCCAAGGGGAAAAAUAAGAAGAACAAAAACAAGGGGGAGAAGUCCAGCAGUGCUAUAGAUGAUGUAUUCCUGCCUAAAGACGUGGAUCCAACAGAAAUGGAUGAGAUUGAUCGGGAAGUUGAAUACUUCAAAAGGUUUUGCCUCGAUUCUGCGAAGCAAACUCGCCAGAAGGUAGCAGUGAAUUGGUCCAACUUCAGCCUCAAAAAGGUUCCUUCCAAUGCAGCUCAAUAACUUGGACGAGUGCCAGAGAAACGAACUUCACACCACAAACUCUUUCAGUAGAGCCCUGUUCGGCCCGAGGCCUUCUCUCAUUCCCAGUUUUCUUCUCUUCCUCACUUAAGCCAAGGGACCCUGGUUCAAAAAUCAUACUCUCCAUUCAGAAAGACUGAAACAUAACUUGUGGCUUAUAAGCCGGGGAUCACUCUCAAGGCCAACUCUACCCUUUGCUAUUAUUGUUCACUAAAUGAGAUGCAAAAAUGGAGAAAAAAAAGUCUGUUGAAUCAACUGCAUCCAUGUGCUUACGUAUGUAGUAUGUAAACGAUUACCUUACAUGAAAUAAAUGUUUUUAUCACAAAUCUGA